AUGAAUCCAAGAAAGCUUCUUGUAUUGUGCACUUUGUUGUUCCUCGUCAACCUCUCGCACUACCCCUUACUGGUGUCAUCAGAGAACGUGAAUCUUGAUUUCCCUGUCUUCUCUUUUCGAAACUUCACUAUUCUUGGAGAUUCUUAUCUCCGAAAUGGCGUUUUUGGACUCACCAGGGAGCUUGAAGUCCCAACAUCAAGCUCUGGUUGUGUAAUCUACAACCACCCAAUUGAAUUCUUCGAUCGAGAAACCAAUAUCACUGCUUCUUUCUCUACAAGAUUUUCUUUCUCAAUUGGGAAUGCUAAUCCGUCGUCGUUUGGAGAUGGGUUGACCUUUUUCAUAUCUCCAAAUAACCAGACCUUAGGAAAUGCAGGAGGGUACUUGGGCCUUGUCAAUUCAUCGCAAUUGACCAAGAACAAAUUUAUUGCAAUUGAAUUUGAUACACGGCAAGAUUUGCACUUUAAUGAUCCUGAUGACAACCAUGUUGGGUUGGAUAAUAACAGCCUUAUCUCAAUCAAGACUGCCAAUGCUGCAGAGUGUGAAUUUGAAGAGUGGGAAUUUGAUUACUGCUUGGAUUGA